UUCUUGAAAUAACAAUCUGGUUCAAGUAAAAAUAUUUUUAUUAAAAAAUAAGUUUACAAUAAUCUAUAGAAGAAAAACAAGUAUACAAAACAAAUUACUUUUAAGAAAUGACAGAAUGAUCAGACAUUUCAUAUUAACCAAUAAGUUUGAUUAAUAAUUUGAAUAUGUCACAAGGCAAUAAUGCAGGCGGUGCAGCUGGAAUUGACGGUGCUGGAAUUGAAGGUGUUGGUGCUCCAAUAAUAAACACGAAUCGUGUACGAAAUAAUAAUAAUUUAAAUCCAAUAUCUAGUGUUAGAGAUCGUUUAUUUCAUGCGCUAUUUUUUAAAGCGGCAUUAGCGUAUGCACGAACGUUUCCAAAACCAGUUAGACGAUUAAUUGAAUUUGUAGUAUUACUCAAAGCAUUAACAGCAUUUUUUGUACUUGCGUACAUACAUAUUACGUUCUCAAGAACGCCGACGACUUGUUUGGAACAUGUGAAAAAUGACUGGCCACGAGAUGGUAUCCUUCGUGUUGAAAUAUUAAGAAAUGCUGGACAUGAUUAUAAUAUCGAACAAUCGUAUGCAAAAGAAGAGAAAUUGAAACAGGAUAAAUCAGAUGAAAUUGCUAGUUUAUUAGGAAUUUUGUCGCCAGAUGGUUUUAUUACGAUUGAACCGUCUGGUGUGGAAAUGUCAGACCAAUUAAAUCCCCUCAAAGAUGGUGAAACUAAUUCAAGUAGUGAUUUUGUGAUUAAAACUAAUUUGAGUAAUGGUUUGGAUAAAAGCAGUAAUGUUACAAAUAUACCGGGAAUGGAAUUGACUGCUUGGGAUGGCAUGUCGUUACAACCAAAUAAUGACGAUUUAAUUGAACGGGUUAUUACGGAAAAUGCUCAAGAUGUACAAAUUGAUGUAAAUCCAGUUGAACAUGAAAGCACAGUUGAUGAAAAAAAUAAUGUUACAAUUGAUGCAGAAAUGAAAGAUAAGAUAUCGAAAGGAGAUAAAAUUUCAAGAACUGUAUGGCCUGAAGAUGAAUAUAUUGUUGAAUAUUCAUUAGAAUAUGGCUUUUUGAGAUUAUCACCAGCUGCACGUCAUAGACUUGGUAUACCAGUAAAAAUUGUUACAUUGGAUCCAAAUAAAGAUCCUUGUUUUGGUGAUUCAUUUGGACGCUUUGUUCUUGAUGAGUUCUUGGGAUACGAUGAUUUACUAAUGGCUAGUAUUAAAACGCUUGCUGAACAGGAAGAUAAUAAAGGAUAUUUACGUAAUGUGGUAACUGGUGAACAUUAUCGAUUUGUCAGCAUGUGGAUGGCACGUACUUCAUAUUUGGCUGCAUUUUUCAUAAUGCUUGUUUUUACUGGUUCAAUUUCCAUGCUUUUACGGUAUUCGCAUCAUCAAAUCUUCGUAUUCAUCGUGGAUCUUUUGCAAAUGUUGGAAUUCAACGUAACCGUUUCAUUUCCUGCCGCUCCAUUGUUAACAGUUAUUUUGGCAUUAGUUGGAAUGGAGGCAAUUAUGUCAGAAUUCUUCAAUGACACUUCAACUGCGUUUUACAUUAUUCUUAUUGUGUGGAUAGCGGACCAAUAUGAUGCUAUUUGUGCACAUACACCGGUAACAAAGCGACAUUGGCUAAGAUUUUUCUACUUAUAUCAUUUCUCCUUCUAUGCAUAUCAUUAUCGUUUUAAUGGUCAAUACAGCAGCCUGGCAUUGGUGACUUCUUGGUUAUUUAUUCAGCACGCUAUGCUCUACUUUUUCCAUCAUUACGAAUUACCAUUAAUUAUUCAACAAGCUCAAUUACAACAAAUCUUACUACGUAAUCGACAUCCAUCUCCACAACAAGGUGGCGCUGCUCCAGGAAAUGGUGGUAGCGGUGAUGGUAAUAAUUCUCCAUCGAGAAAUAAUGAUGGUAGCAACAAUAUGCCAUCACCACGUAAUCAUGUUGAUGAAAACUUAAAUAAUGAAAAUAUAGCACGAUUACGUGCAAACAUCCAAUUACAUGCUCAUCCUGGUCCAGCUAAUAUUUUACCAGGAAUACCAGGAAUACUUGGUAGACCAAUAACUGCACGUAUUACACGUUUAUUGACUAUAAUGAGACCGCAAAAUUUUCGUGGUCGGAUACGAUUUCAAAAUAUUGCUGUACAAGCCCCAAAUGAGAACCAACGGGCAUCAACAACAUCGCCUCCUAGUUCGUCAUCGUCAACAACUCAGCAACAAUCGCCGUCAACAGUUACUCGUAGAGUAGCUUUUUUCACAGAUACAGUACUAGAAAAUAAUUCUAGUAAUAGUAGUAGUAAUAGUAAUAAUAGUGAUAAUAGUAGUAAUGCCAAUAUUAGAUCAUCAAAUAAUUUACCGAAUUCUAGUGUGCAAGAAACGAACAAUGAUAAUCUUGUAAGUCAAUAAA